GCUGACGCCGACAAUAUGGCGGACGUUGAGUUGGCAGGACGAUGGCGGGCUGAGGGCGAGUGACGGCUCGGUCCGGCCCGGCCCUCACCACCACCGCCGCCGCCGCCCGCCUGAUCGCUCUCCCAGCGCCGGCCUCCGGACGCCUCUCUCCCAGCGUGGUCACACCGGUGGCGCAGGCUGCGGCCACCCCGCGCUUCCCCCUGCCCGAGUCGAGUGGCCCUGCCGGACGGGUGUCCCCUCUGAGCCCCGCACUGCCCCCCACCCCACCCCACCCCACCCCCAUCAUGUCGUGGUUGGGGGGCAUCAGCUCGGGCCUGGGGCAGGUCGGCGGCAGCCUCUCCUCCCUGACAGGCCAGCUCUCCAGCUUCACCAAGGACAUGCUGGCAGAAGGCGUCGAGGAAGUGCAAGAUGCUACCAGUGAACUGCAUGUAUCCAAUUCCAAACUGAGGGACAUUGAAACAGCUUACACUGCACAGAAGUCAGAGUAUGAACGGCUGAAGAAACUUUACGCAGAUGUAGAAGAGAAAGCAGCAGCAGCAGAGCUCCAAAUAAAGCACCUCUCUUCCGACUACAGAACCCAGCUACAGCAGAAAGAAGUGAUGAUAAGUCAUUUGAAAGCCAAGCAGAUUGCGUUACAGGAUCAAGUACAAAAACUUCAGUCUGUCGCUCGGCCAACACAGACAGAAACCAGUGUUACCACAUCGACAGCCGCUGCUGCCUUUUUGUCUAAUGAUGUGCCUCUCACUCCCACGUUCCAUGGGGACACCAUGGAUUUUGGAGAUGUCAUCUGGUCCCAGCAGGAGAUCAACAGACUUUCUAAAGAGGUGUCAAGGUUGGAAGCUGAUGUUGUCCAUUGGAAAGCAUUGGCACAGGUAACGAAGAGUCAAGGGACAGUCAGCUCUGAUCAGGAUGAUGUUUACAAAUUACAAAAGACAAUAGAGGAGGUGAAGCAGCAGCUUAGCCGGGAGAUUGAUGAGCAUCAGCAUGAGUUGUCUACGCUCCAGGAUGUACAUCAGCAGAAAAUAACUAGUCUUACAAACCGACACAGGGACGAGCUUGCAGAAUACGAGGAACGGAUUGAGGAGCUGGAGCAGCAGUUGCAAGAUGCAGAGAAAGAACAGAAGGGAAUGAAUAACUCUCAUGAUGGUAAGUUUAAUGGGCAAGAAGAUAUUCAGGAGCUGAAGGCAAGUCUGCAGUUGUUGAAGCAUGAAAAAGAAGAGCUACAAAAAGAAAAGGAGGGUAUCCGACAGGAACUCUCAAACCUGCAGAAUAUUCAGAGGAGUGAAUCUGACUUUAAUAGUCUGGCCUUGGAAGUGAGUGAACUGAGGCAUAAUUUGCUCACUAAAGAGAGUGAGCUGACGGAGGUCUCCAUGCAGAGAGACACGUUAAUGACCGAGUUGGAAGAACUGGACAAACAGAAUCAAGAAGCUACUCAACAUUUGAUUAGAUCCAAGGAUCAGCUGGCACAGCAACGAAAAGAUUCCGAAAGAAAGAUCACACAACUGCAGUCAGAGCUGGAGAUCAUCAUGGCUGAUAAGGCAUCAAUGGUGCAAGAGCUGGAAGCUCAGAGAGGCAAGCUGAGCCAGAGUGCUUUUGCACUCAAUGAGUUGCACAUGAGCAAACAACAGCUGGACAUAAAAGUCAAUGACCUAACAGAGAAACUAAACAAAUCACAGGCACAUAAUUUGGACCUGAGGGCUGAAGCUACAAAUCUGACGAAGAAGCUACAGAGUGCAGAAUCUCAACUAGAGGUGGCCAAAAUGGAGUUAGCCCAAGCAGUUCAGCAAACUUCAAACAGUGUAUGUCAAGAAGAAUUACUCCAAGAUAAAGACCGAGAAAUUUCAGAGCUAAGGAAACAGGUUUUGGAAACUAGAUGUAUAAGUGAUGGGUUACAAACAGAGCUUUAUGAUCUCAAAAUCCAAAAUAAAAGACUUGUUGCAGAUAAAGAUGAAGCCAACAUAGCUUUAGGUAGAGUUAGAGAACAACUUGAAGAAACCGUUUCCAGUAACAGUGAGGUUUCUAAGGAGAACAGCACAUUGCUGGAGGCAAUGAAAAUGGAGAAAGCCCAGUUGCAGUCUGAAUUGAGCCAGGCUGAGAAACGGCUGAAUGAAGAGGCAAACAAAUAUGAGCAAACCAUCAAGGAGUUAACAGAGGCUCAAAAUUUAGAUGCUACGACUUUGCAAAAAGAGCAUAACCGUUUAAUCAAGUUUAUCCAAGAGAAGGAUUUUGAGAUUGAAGAACUCAAACGCAAUAUACAGCAGUUGGAAGUCGACCAUGAAGAGACCAAAGAAAUGCUGAAAUCUAGUUUGGAGGGACAGCAGCAGUUGACAGACCUCUUGAAGGAAAAGGAGGCAUUUGUUGAAAUGCUGAAGACGAAAAGUUUAGAGUUGCAGCAAGAAAUUGAAAAGAAUGUAAAGAUUUUCGGAGAAUGUGAAUCCUUGAAACAAAACCUUGAAGAGAAAGAUCGGCAAUUAAGUGUGAUGAAGGAAGAGAAUAACCACCUCAAAGAAGAAAUAGAUCGACUUGGGGACCAGCAAAGCAGGCCUCAGCCUAUUGCUGAACCAAAGACCCUUGAUAUAAUAAUAGAACUGGAGACGGAAAUAACUGAACUGAACAACAAAAGGAACAGUCUUGAAGAUGAAAUAAGGCUUCAUAAGAAGACUAUUGAGGAACAAAAGCAGAAUGUUCUACAGCUUCAGCGUUCUAUACAGGAUCGAGGGGAUGAAGCUAAAUCCCAGUGUGAGGAAAUUAGUUCAACAUAUGAAAAGUUAAUUUCUGAAAAAGAUGAUGAAAUCCGUAACCUUCAGGAAACCAUCAAUCAGAUGAAAAUGCAAAGAGAAUUUCAGGUUGUUCCCACAGAUGCUCCAGUCAUUCUCCAAGAGAUUAAAGUGCAAACAGUAAAUGGAGAAAAUGGAAAUGAAAAACAUGAUUUGUCUAAAGUGGAGAUUGAUAGAUUAGUUAAUGGUAUAAAAGAGAAAGAAGUGGAGAUAAAGGUAUUAAGUGAGAAGAAUUUGUCUCUGAUUAAGCAGUUGGAUCAGUUUAAUAUUUUUAAGGAUGAAGUGGUUAAGCUAACACAAAUCAUUCAACAGAAGAACAUGGAAAUCCAAACUCUUAAUGCCAGGAUGACUUCUGGCACCUAUGGGCAGGUUGGUGCAGAUGUGGCCUACUUGCAGCAGCAAUUGCAGGCUUAUGCAAUGGAGCGAGAGCAAGUAUUGGCAGUGUUAAAUGAAAAGACAAGAGAGAAUAGUCAACUGAAGACUGAAUAUCACAGAAUGAUGGAUAUUAUUGCUGCAAAGGAAGCUGCUCUUUUGAAACUCCAAGAAGAAAAUCUGAAAAUGGUCAAUAAGAGUGAAAAUGAGAGUCAGGAUAUGGUACGGGAAACUAUCCAGAACUUGUCUCGAAUUAUCCGUGAGAAGGACAUAGAAAUUGAUGCUCUUAGUCAGAAGUGCCAAACUCUAGUCACUGUUCUGCAGACUUCUGGAAUGGGGUCUAAUGGUGAGUCAGGCCUAGUGAGUAGUAAUCAGUUUGAAGAACUCUUGCAGGAACGUGACAAGCUAAAACAACAAGUGAAGAAGAUGGAGGAGUGGAAGCAGCAGGUGAUCACGACUGUUCAAAACAUGCAGCAUGAGUCAGCUCAGCUUCAGGAUGAGCUCCUUAAGCUUCAGGGUCGAUUGUCUACAGAUGGAGACUGCAACUCUAGGCUUCAGAUAGACUACAAUAGCUUAAUUCAUAGUUACGAGCAAAAGGAAAAGAAGUUGCAGAGUCUAAGCCAGGAGCUUGCAGAGGUCCAGCAAAGCAUUGGGCAGCUCAGCAGUACCAAGAAUUUGAUAUUGGACAAGUUGGACAGUGUACCCCCAGAACCACACAUGGUUGCAACAAGCACAGGAAUGUUGCAGAUGAAAAUUUCUUCCCAUGGAUGUUCAUCAGUAGAACACUUGAACCAAAUAGAAGAAUUACAGCAAGAAGUGGAACAUUUGAAUAAAAUAUUGGAGGGGAAGGAGGCCACAAUAAUGGCCCUUCAAAAUAAUGCUCAAUUAUCUGCUUCUCAGCCAAUGAAUGCUAACGCUGAAAAAAAAAUACAUGAAGAUGUGGCUCUGGAGAUAAAGCAAAUGAAAGAAAAGAAUGAAGAAUUACAGAGAUCAUUCAGGGAAAAAGAUCUUCUCAUCAAAUCAAAGAGUGAUCAGUUGUCAUCAGUGACAGGAUGCUUGAGGAACAAGGACAAUGAAAAUGAAGUUUUAAAGCAGGCGGUCACUAAUCUGAAAGAAAGGAUUUCGCUUUUGGAAAUGGACAUCCAUAAGGCUCAAGAGGAGAAUGACCAAAUUAUAGCCAAAUCAAGAGAAAAGGAAACUGAAUUUCGAGCCCUGCAGGAGACUAAUAUGCAGUUCUCCAUGAUGUUGAGAGAAAAAGAGUUUGAAUCAAAUUCCAUGAGAGAAAAAGCUUCUGCAUUAGAAAAGCUGUUAAAGGAGAAAGAAGAGGGGAAGACUGGUGAGUUAAAUCAGCUGCUUAACGAAGUGAAAUCAAUGCAGGAACAAGCAGGGAUGUUUCAGCAUGAGAGAGACCAAGUUAUGCUGGCCCUCAAACAGAAGCAAAUGGAAACCACUGCAUUAGUGAAUGAGUUGCAGCAUAUGCGUGAUAAGGAGCAACGUCUAAACCAGGAGUUGCAGCGACUGCGAAACCACUUAAUUGAGAUAGAAGAAUCAUACACCAAAGAGGCCUUAGCAGCUGAGGACCGAGAGACUGAGCUGAGGAGGAAGGUUACAUUCCUGGAGGAAAAGUUGGCAUCCUCAUCUUGUGCUGUGGAAAGUGCAAGCCACCAAGCCAGUCUUCAAGUAGAGUCCUUGCAAGAACAGCUUCAGACCAUUGCAAAACAGCGAGAUGAAGCGGUGAUACAGUUAAGUGCAUCUCAAGAACAAGUGAAGCAGUAUGCAAUGUCACUGACCAACCUGCAGAUGGUGAUAGAGCAAUUUCAACAGGAGGAGAAAGCAAUGUACGCAAUUGAACUGGAGAAAUAUCAGAAGGACACUGCAGAGUGGAAAAAGAAAGCAUUAACUCUUGAGAAAGCAGUCACAGAAUUAGAGGAGCACUUGAAGGAAGCAAAUGCUGCUUUGGAUUCUGCUUCAAGACUAACUGAGCAGUUGGAUCUCAAAGAGGAGCAGAUGGAAGAUCUUAAAAAGCAAGUUGUGGCUCAUAAGGAUAUGUUGGAAGAUGCUCAGAGAAAAUUAUUGAACCUGGUCAACAACAAUGAAGGGAAAAUUGACAAGGUUUUGAUGAGAAAUUUGUUUGUGGGUUACUUCCAUACUCCAAAAAGCAAGCGCAAUGAAGCAAUGCGGCUGAUGGGAAGUGUUCUGGGACUAAAGAAAGAAGAAAUUAGUCAGCUCUUGGAUAGUGAAUAUCGUGGCGUUACUGGAUGGGUCACUAGUUGGCUUGGUAGUAGCAGAGCUAGUGGAACCCAAAGUGUACCAAAUACCCCACAAAGGCCAAACCAGCAGACAGUCUUCAACAAUUCUUUCUCAGAAAUGUUUGUGAAGUUCCUGGAAAUUGAAUCUCGACCUUCACUUCCUCCACCAAAGCUUCCAGUUUAUGAUAUACACCCCCUUGGGCCCACACCUGCAGCCAGCCAGCAAACCAGCAGCUUUCCUGCUCAUACAUCAGGGGCAGCUGGAGCAGGUCCAGUGAAAAAAUCUGAAUCCAGUCCUUUCUUGGCUCCACGAUCUGCUGCUGUGCCUCUCAUUACCUCGGCAGCUGCCAGUUCUGCUGGGUCUCCGCAUCUCCUCAUGAAACCAAUCUCCAGUGCCCUUCCCACGUUUACGCCUCUCCCUGUGUCGCCAGACUCCAGUGCCGGGACUGUACUUAAAGAUCUCCUCAAGCAAUAAAAAAACUAGAGCAAUCCACUACAGCACUUUAAAGUGAAAAAUACACUAUAGACUAUAGCACAGAGGGAUUUUGUGCAGUCUACACAAAGCUCCCAGAGAAUUAUUUACAUAUUGUAAAUGUGCAGCUUUCAAUUAGACAUGCUAAGCCUAUGAAGGUUGCAAGAAUGCCAGCCCAAAAUCCGCUUGGGGAACGAUUGACCCAAUGUGUAGGAAUGAUUUUCCCCCCUUUCCAAAAAGCUAGUUAUAAAUACUUGGUACCAUGUAUGAAAGGUGAGCUUUAUUGCUAAAUGCAGGUACUGUAUAUUUGGUACGUAAUCGAGCAAGCACAGCUCAAAAGAAAUUCAUAGAGGCACAGAAUCUCUCCAAAGUCUUAAUGUGACUUGCAUUGAUGCAAGUUGUAAUGGAUUUUCAUAACACCCUUCCACAGGAGGAUUAAAGUAAAACCUCCAGUACAGUUCCAAAGAAACAAAAUAGCAGUGUUGUGUACAUGAAGCUUAUUAAAAGCAGAAUCUUUCAAGUUAUUGUAUUUUUAGUCAUACCUGCCAUGGUAUAAAAACAAUAAUUUUUUGACACUGCCUUUAACUGCAUACCUAAGGUAGCUUUAGUGGUGGGCAAGAUUUGCUGUGGUUCAUUUAUCCUGAGUUUUGAGAAGUAAUUGAAAAUGUUUUGUCUGCCUCUCGCCACCUUCCCACUUUCUUGCUGUAGAGGGAUCAAGAUUUUUUGGGCUGAAACACCUUAAUUUAAGAAAAAAGUAUCAGGUAUAGUGUCCUAAUCAGAAUAUAAAUGAAAGUAUUGGUUCUGUUUGAAAAGCUAACUCUUCCUGUUGUGAGUGAAUUCCAGUUAAAAUCAUUGCCUGUCUUUCAUUAAAAAGACAGGCCUUGUAACCAAUUUUCAUUCUUUGUUUCACAAUAGAACCCAUCAGAAACUUGAUUGCAAGCUGCUUGUUUGAACCUUGAAGUUAAUAUAUUCUUAAUGGUGGAAUCUUCUCGCCCUGUUUAUUAUAGAAUGAGUGGUUUUGCUUUGAGCCUGAAGCGAAUGCCCCAAAGGAACAGCAGACUAAUUUGCAUUCUGGGGUAUAGGAAGUUUCACUGAAAACUGAAAUUAAAACCAAUAACUCCUGCAGACACCUCAUCUGCACUGUAACACCCACCAGUCUAUUUCAAUCAUGCCCGAAGAGUAUAACCUCAAUGUAUUUGAUGCUGGUUAGUGCCAAGGAAUCUGUAUGUAAGGGGCAGUGGUUUGGCAGUCUGAUGAUCUACCAGAUUUUGUAUUAUAUUUCUGUUGGAAUAAUUUGUACAAUUCUGGAUUUUGGGCUUUUGAAUUGCUACAGGCCUUUCUGUUAAGUUAUUCUAGUUACAGCUCACUGUAUCAGUGAAAGAGGGAAACAACAGUUAACAGCCUGCGACACAGUUCUUUGUAUAAAUUGUUUGUCUUUUCCAUCCAAAACUUGUUUUCCAUCUGGCGUAUGUCUACAGAUUUAUAAGGUACAACCUUUUAAGUUCUAAAUUAUCCAUAAAUGGUUUGGUAUGUUGGCUAUUGUUGUAUAAUAUUAUGGUUAGCUGAAAGAAUGCCAUUCUUGAAUAUAUUAAAAUCCAUUAUAGUAAACUUAUUUUCCAGCAACAAUGUUCAGGUUCAUUAUUAUUAUGAUUUGGAGGUUUGCAUACAUCUCAAAAUGCAAACUUAUCAAAGGUUACGAUUAAUCUUCUGCAUUAGAACCAAACGAGCAGAGAUGAUUACAGCCAGCUGAUAAUACUCAGACACCCAUUUAGCAAGUGACCAAAGAUCCAUUUCUCCCUUCAGUUGUUUAAUGUUAGCAGUAGAUUCAAGCUGAGUAUCUCCAUUGCUCACCUGUGACAUUACAGUGCAAGCCAGUUUUAUCUCCGAAAUAAGAUUUUAAUUUUCUUUUCAUCCUUCCUUUCCUGAAUGGGAUGGCUUGCUUUGGGGCAUCGUUCCAGAGUGUGCAGCUCACUGCUAUCCCAUUCAAAUGGCUAUUGUUUAUCAUAAUUAGACAUGGUGACUGUAGGAAGUUACUCAUGCCAGCAGCAGCAGCAUGGCUCUUCGGAAGGCAUCCACGCGUUCCAUCUGAGGUGAGAAUCCUGGCUGGGUUUGUUCAGUUGCAUUUUAAACCCAAUUUGUGCAAGUGACAAGCAUCAUUGGACCCUCAUUAAAAUGUAAACAUUCUUUAUUACCUUGAAAUUUAUUGAUCAAUCUUCGAAAGUAACAGAAAAUUUUGACGAUUGUUGUUCAGAAACCUGCUAUAAUUGUCAAGGUGCCAAGAAAGACAAAGAUGAUGUGACUCUUUACAGAAUUCCUCUGUUUGUUGAUGACCAUCGGUAACAAACUUAUCUUAAUCAGGCUUUGUUAAAUGGAAGAUUUGAUUUGGAGGUCCACUCCAGCUGUUGGGCAGAUACAUAAGUGUGUUACUGAAAGUGCGUUGUACUGCUGGAGUUGGGGACUUUCUGAUGAGACAGGACGUGCCUUUUCUCUGUGGUGAGCAUGAAACAUCCCGUGGCACCAUUUGAAAUGGGACAGAUGUGUUUUCAUGCUGUUGAUUACUUUAUUACCUUUGCUGUCUUUACCAUCAGACCAUGUACAAAUCGGCUCCUGUCAAUUCAAGAGUAUGUUUUCACUUUCCAGUGGAGAAUGUUGAAUGCAUCAUGCCCAUUAUUGAGCCUAUCAUUGACUCUCUACCCUGCUAGGAUGAAACUCUCAGCCAUUCCAUCUUUCCACAAAAUUCACUUCUACUUGAAAUUGUCUCACCUUCAUGUGAUAAGCUUGCAGAGAAAACCUGUCUGGAAGCAUCAAAAACGUCUGAGUUAGGUUCAGAAUACAGUCUUCCCAGCAGUAAAGCUUAAAUUUAAUAAGAAUAAUUGUAUAGUUUCCCCACUCCCACCAACCAUUCCCUUAGUUUCUCUAUGGUUUGGUCCCAUUGAUUCUCCUUCAUCUUCUGCAUCUCAUCUUGAUGGUUAACAGGUUUGGUGCACAGAUAAAUGGGGCAUAUAUUCACAAUUAAUUUUUCCAACCAAGCAGAUAUAAAGGACCGCUUGCUUAAAAAAAAGUGAACAAUGUUACAAAUAUAAUCUUUUCACCAGUUGGAGUUGCAUUUGAAAGUGGUGCUAACUCUAAAAAGAUGAGAGUUGCUUCUCCUGGCUGAGUGAGCUCCAUUCUAUAUACAUGAACAUGCCCAUAAGUUAAUACUAAAUGUCGGAGGCAAGCAUAAGUGUGAGGAUUAAGGAAAGCUCAGCAAUGAUCUUACUGAGCAGGGUGAGGGUGCCAUAUGACCAAUUUCUAUUUUUUUUGUGUUCUUACAUAAAAAGUAAUAUUUUUUGCAAUUUUCUGAAUGCUUCAUUGAGCUUGGAUUAAGGCACAUUUAUCAGGUUGCAUUAAAGCUUCAUUAGAAAUGUAUAUCCAAACUCUCUGAGCAAUACAGUGGAGUGGGUGGAGCUGGACUGGCCAUUGUUCAAAUUAUACUAGGGCACAUACGUCUGCUCAAGUAGUUUAUUUGCACACAAGACCUUACCGAUUGGUGUCCCUGAAGCACUAUAGAAAUUGUAUUUCAAAAUUUCUUAAAUAUGCUUAUUCCUUGUGAACUUUACAAAAGAAAAGUGACUGAUUGUUUAAACAGUUUGUACACUGCUGAUUUUUUAAUGAAAUGCAGUGGAUUCAGUUUUCUCAUUUUAAAACAAAACCCUUUUGUAUAUAGUUUGUGCAUUGAGUUAGUGGAUAAAUGUACUUGAAUCACAUGGUGUUGAGCCCUGCAAACCAUAAAGCUCCCGUCUCAUUUUUUAGAUCAGUACUGGGCAAUGGCAUUUGGCCAUAAGAGUGCGUGUGUGUGUGUGUUGAGGGAGGACAUUGGUGGGGACAGGACUAGCACACCAGUUCUGGCACAUGGAGAAUGGGUAUUUGGAUGACCCCCUGAAAAGGAUACCUGUGUGUGUAGGAGAUUCACUGGUGUAGAAGAGUAUUUCUUUCCAGAACUUGGUAUUUAAGAGGAAAGAAAGGAGUAAUUUAUCACGCAAAACACUUGCUGCUUGUGCACUUUAUUCAUUAAUGUUGAUGUCUGAAGUACUAUAGUGCAAUAAUGAGGAGGCUGGAAACGUAUGGGUCAUUGUAACUUCUCACUUGAUGAAGAGACUGUUUUCAGAGGUCAAAAAUCUACUUGCUUCUGUAUGUUGAUCUGAAACCUUUCUAGUAGUUGAGUAAUCCAGAUCAAAACAUGCAACCAAUCCUGUUGCAUGUAUCUGAAUCUACCUGAAAAGCUUCUAGAGCAACCUGUUUUGGUCCUUAAUUUAUUUACUUUUUUGUAUCAUGUUUCUAGCAGAUUGAAAAGAAAAUAGUAAUUUAGCUGUUUCCUACAGAAAGAAAUUUGAGGGACAGCAAAUAUUUUGAAUCAUUUGUCAGUAUUUAUUGUUCAACAUAUUCAAUAUUGCAAGAAUUGUCUGAAUUCAACCUUGCAGAUAGUAUUUCCAGGAAUGUUAUACAAGAAAGGUUCAUUGUCUGACCUUGUGGGACAAUUGCUUUAUAUUUUACCAUAGGACAUACAUCAUCUUGUUGCAGCUGUUUAUUAAUCAUUUUUGAACAAAAUAAUCUGUUGAUUCCAUUAGCUUUUUCUCACAGGAAAUCUUUUGCUUCAAUUCAAAUUAAACUAAGCUGGUAUGACGGUGGGAUCAGCACGGUAGUAAAGCUUAGCAGUAACCCAACAAGCCUCCAUAAUGAUAUGGUGGAGUGCUAGAAGUAAAUAUUUUGGAUUUUAUUAAAUGAUCUACGUUCAUUUAAUGAAACAGAAGGACUUUCUGUUUCAGUGCUCGUCUCGCAGCUUGAAGGAGAUAAAAGGCAGCUGAUGGGAGUUCUGACCAGUUUUGAAGUUGGCGUGAAAGUCUUUGAUUUUCAAAGGUCUUCUGUGUUCCCUGAACUGACUAAAUACCACAUUACUUAAAUGUUAAUUUGUUUCUGCAUUACUAUUUUAACAUAUGCAAGCUCUCACAUUUUGACUAGAUUAUAUGCAGUAUUUGAUUUUAAAAUUUGAAUGCUUUAUCAGGAUUUGAACCUUAUACAAUCAAUUUUGUUCCUGGGAGGAAGAUAUUUUUAUGGGUUCAUCAGGUAGCAUUGAUAGUAUAAUGUAAUAAAUCACAUAUUGAAAUAUCUUCAGUGCUAUCAGGACGUUAAUCACAUUGAUUAAUUAGAAGUUGUCUUUUAGUGCUAACAUGGGCAUUGCUAAAUAUUGGCAUAACUUAAAAUCUGUAAAAUUACAUUUUUAUAAAAGUUCUUAUCCUUGACAACCUCUUGGUAUAUGGUGCCAUGAGCUGUUUCUGAUGCUAAUUCUGCUUUGAUGUUCAUGCCUAAUUUAUUCUAAUUGGAGUGUGAUACUUUCACUGUUGCCUUCUGACGAAGAAUGGACAAAAUUGUAUUAAAU